CCUAUAUGAAACUCGGCGCCGCUCAGCCUCUCCUUCACUCUCUCCAUUUCCAACUGUUCCCUCCAAAUGACGAGCAAAAACUGAACCCUAGUCCUCCUCUCGAUCGACUAAACCAUUGCCUCUCUCCCUCUUACUUCUUUCGCCUAUCAAUCGACCCCUCUUCUUCUCCCUACGUUCUAGUGAAUGAUGAGGAGCAAGGAAGGAGAGCAAAAGGACGGGGCAGGAAGAAGCGACAGUAGUGGACAUCGGCCAUGGCGAUCGACGGCGGCGAAGGUAAUAAGGUGGCACGACAGAGGCCUGGCAGUGACGGGGGGACGAGGAAAGGGCGAAGGAAGGAAAGAGGGUCAACAACGGCAGCUCUGAGCUUCUCCGGCGGCGACAAAGACAAGAUGAGUGAACUUUGUUUUGGAGAGAGGUCUGUUGAGGAAGGAAGAAGUAGAAGAGGAAGAAAGGAGUUGGCCGUGAAGUGUCCCCUGGCAGGAAGCUUGGGAAAGGAGAAGGGAAGAAGCUCGAAGUAGGAAGUCCCCUGUUUUUUUUGCUUUGUUUUCUGUGGUGUUCAUCUGUGUAAGAAGGGAAGGAAGUGGGAGGUUUUUGCAGAGUUUCUCUACUGUGUUUUUAUUUGAAAGAGAAGGGAAGAGAAGAAGUUGAAGAAGAACAGGAGAAUCGAUCCCCUGGAGGACGAAGAAGAACAACGAAAAGAAGUCCACCCCCUUUGUAAGUGCCCAAGGGCUCUUUUUAUAGAAAGAGGAUGCUUAGGCAGCAAGCAGCUAC